AUGGUCCACGACAAGGCUGCGAAGGAGGCCUUCGUCUCCAACCUUCUUGGAGGCACAGUCUCCGAAAUCAACCUCGUCACUCUUGUCGCACCGUCAGCGCUUCUUCUCUGGUCUGUCUUGCAAGCGCGCCAAAACUUCUUCACCCCUUACACCGUUGCCGCUUGCGCAACCGACAUCCUCCUCAACUGCAUCGCCAUCCUCCUUGCGACCACGCUCUAUUCCUGGUCACCGCUACUACUCAACGCUCUUCUGAUUGCUCAUGCUGCAUUCGCCGCCUUCACAUCCGCUCCUCCGAGCACGCACAGCCACCCUCGCGUCCCUUCGCCUUCGCGAGACGCCGCGCCUACAAAAGACCCGCUUCCCCAGAAGCCAUUCGUAACAGCAUGGAGGGGCGCAAUGAUGAUUGUGACAUGCGCUGCAAUCCUGGCUGUUGAUUUCAGGGUAUUUCCUCGGCGCUUCGCCAAGGUGGAGAACUGGGGCACCUCUCUGAUGGAUCUGGGAGUUGGCUCAUUUGUCUUCUCUAGCGGCGUCGUCUCUGCGCGCGCCAUCCUCAAACAACAAGCCACUGGUAAAUCCUUGCCAUUGACUACGCGCCUUUACGCUUCAACGAGACACUCCUUGCCCCUCCUUGUCCUUGGGCUGAUCCGCCUUUGGACUGUCAAGGGCCUUGAAUAUGCCGAGCAUGUGACCGAGUACGGCGUGCACUGGAACUUCUUCUUUACUCUGGGCUUCUUGCCUCCAUUUUUGGCCCUCUUUGAGUCCGCAUUCGUAUUACUUCCGUCCUUCACGGCCUUGUCCAUAAUCCUCGGUGUUACAUAUGAGGGCGCACUGGAUUUCACGGACCUUACGGCUUUCAUAGUGUCGGCCCCUCGAACCAACCUUUUCAACCAGAAUCGCGAAGGCAUCUUCUCCUUCUUCGGAUAUCUUGCCGUCUUUCUUGCCGGGCGCGCCACCGGCAUGAACAUCCUACCCCGGGAUGUCGGCGCAGAUGAGGCUCCCACCGCCGAAACCGACAGCAAUCGUGGUCGUACCUCUCGGCGCGGGACCAACCUCCGCAAGAACUGCCUGAAGCUUACGCAAGCAUCUCUGAACGAACUCCGCGGUGAAAUCAGCCGCGUGCGAUUCAACCCCUUGCGCAUUUCCUUUGCCUCUCUUCCUCAAACGAACCAGCUCUACGGGAUCCUCAAGCGCUCUGCUUUCGGCCGUCUUCUCUUCUGGUCCAUCAUCUGGAGCACCAUGUAUAUCUUCUCCACUAGCUAUUAUGGUCUUAACCUACGCGUCUCGCGCCGCCUCGCCAACCUUCCGUACUUUCUCUGGGUGUCGGCCUUCAACUGCAGUCAACUCGCCUUAUUUUGCGCCAUUGAGACAAUCUUCUUCCCCGGCAUCUACUCGGCGAAGACGCAAAGCGAAGAGAGCAAGAGAGCAAAGGAAGCGACAAGCAGAGUCCUGAAUGCGUUCAAUAGGAAUGGCUUGGCCAUCUUCUUGUUCGCUAAUCUGCUAACUGGACUGGUAAAUCUGACCAUUCCGACGCUGCGAGUCACUCAGAUGCAGUCAAUGGCUGUGUUGGUGGCAUAUAUGAGCGUUCUGAGCGGUGUGGCGCUGGCUUUGGAUGCGUACAACAUUAGCAUCAAGUUGUGA